CUUUGGCAUUUGUCAGUGUCACUGUGAUUCAUUUCUCGUAGAUUUUUCUGUGUUCUUAGAUUUUUUGUGGUCGUUACUCGAUAUUCGAGAUUCGCGUAGACUGCCCAGAGUCCGCGAAUUCCUCAUACCAUCCCCGCCUCCCGUGAUUUAACUGUUUACUGCUUUAAAACCUUUGACCAGUGUUAAUCUUUUCAGGCAAAAUGUCUCAAACUUUAACGUUCGGUGACUCAUGCGCCCCGAUAACUUGUCAUGCGUGGAACAAGGAGAGAAAUCAAAUUGCCUUCUCUCCCAACAAUAAUGAAGUCCAUAUAUACCAAAAGGAGGGUAGUGAAUGGAAGCAGACCAAUAACCUUGUUGAACAUGAUAUGAGAGUUAUGGGAAUCGACUGGGCGCCCAAUACUAACCGAAUUGUUACCUGUUCAGUAGAUCGUAACGCAUAUGUUUGGACUCAAGGUGAAGAUGGCAAAUGGUCAACAACACUUGUGCUACUACGUAUUAAUCGUGCAGCAACUUGUGUAAAAUGGUCACCUAUGGAAAACAAGUUUGCUGUUGGCUCAGGUGCCCGUUUAAUCUCUAUUUGUUACUUUGAGAAGGAAAACAAUUGGUGGGUCUCCAAGCAUAUUAAGAAACCUAUACGUUCAACUGUAACUUCCCUGGACUGGCAUCCAAACAACAUUUUACUUGUUGCGGGAUCAACCGAUUUUAAAGUGCGCGUUUUUUCUGCAUAUAUAAAAGAUAUUGAGGAUCAACCAGGACCUAAUGUAUGGGGAUCUAAGUUACCUUUGGGGCAACUUUUAGCAGAGUUUCGCUCGACUGGAAGUGGUUGGGUGCAUAGUGUAUCAUUUUCUGCGGAUGGGAAUAAAGUUGCUUGGGUGGGCCACGAUAGCUCGAUCAACAUAGCAGAUGCUGCACAAGGGAAAGCAGUCAUGAAACUUAAGACUGAAUAUCUGCCAUUCUUGGGAUGUAUUUGGAUUUCAAAUAAUAACCUGAUAGUGGCAGGUCAUAGCUGCAUUCCAUUACUCUACUGCCAUGAAGGGGAUGAAAUUAAAUUUGUUGCCAAGCUAGAUAAUACCCAGAGAAAGGAGUCAGGUGGGUUGUCUGCUAUGAAAAAAUUCCAAUCAUUAGAUCGUCACGCCCGGAUUGAAACUAGCGAUACCUUGUUGGACUCCAUACACCAGAAUGCGAUAACAUGUAUUAACCUUUAUAAAGGAACAAAAGCAGAUGCGGUCAAGCUAAGCACCUCAGGCCUUGAUGGCCAACUAGUCAUUUGGGACAUUGCAUCGCUUGAAAAAGCAUUUGAAGAUCGGGUUAUGAUAUAAAUUAUAAACAUUUACUAAAUGUAUUAUUUUAUUUAUAAGUGACAAUAUAAUCAGUUUGCUUGCGAGUUCUGAAAUCACUCAAUAGGAUAAUGGAAAUGAAAACACGGAAAGCUGUGAAAAACAUCACAAUCACAGUUUGUAUCAGUCUAGCUAGAAACAAGAGGGAAAGCGAGCAGCAGAGAGUGAAUUCAGCCUCCCAAAUAUUGUAAAAACUUCAAAUAUACAGAAUAAACUAUAAUUUAUAGGUACAACAUCCUAGGAUUUUUUUAUUAUUAUACAAUUUAAUUUUUUAACUUUGAUAAUCAAAUAAUUUAUAUAAAUUAGACAAUAAGACUAUGUGCUACAUCCUAAGUUUAAUAGAUCACUUUUAAUACUAGUGAA